CUCUGUGUCAUUGCCAUGAUUGACAGGCAGAUCUUACGAGGCUGCUGGCCCCUUCCUGCAUAACUGUGCAUGCGCCAGAUAGUCAGCACAGAUCCCCCCCCCCGUUACAGACACAUAAACCACAUGUGAUGGAGGAAAGUGUUCCAGAGCAGAUGCUUUAUGGAUGCAUAUGAAGAUCUGUAUAACGCAAGCACCCCAUGGUGAGAUAAAAUGCAACAUUUAUAUGAUCCUGUUUCCCUUAUACUACUGGAAUGGAAAUAAGACUCCCAUUCCAUAGCAGUUUGAUCUAUUCCUGGAUUUACUGUGGGUUUAAUAAUAUGCCUGUUACCUAUACACUGUGGUUAAUAAAGCUCAUAUUAAAACCUGGAAUGGGUUAAACCGCUAUGCAAUAGCAUUCCUGUACUGUAUUGAUUAGAUGAAUCAUUACUGCAUUUUAAUAUAAGCCAUUUUGACCACUGUGUUCAAAAAUCACUGAUGACAGAGCUAUAUUUUCUUAAGAUCCUCCGCAGUCCAUUAACCUAGUCCCUGUUGUCUCUGACCAUUUAUGUACACUAACUUUCUUCUUUUUGUGUCCAAGAGACUGUGGUGCUAAAUAGUAAGGCAGAUGGAGCAGAAACAAAAUGCCGAGGAGAUGGAGCAGAAGCAAAAUUAUUUGCAAUCACUGUCGCCUCAAUCCAAGGAAUCUGCUCAGCGGUCAUCUGGUUCUCUGUUACACUGAGGUCCCCAUGGCAUCAAUCAAGCUCAAGAUCUGCUGUAUCCAGAUCGUCCCUAUGAAAGAGAGACAAGCAUUUCCACCUAUCGAAGGACAUAAACUGCAAUUUCUGAAAAUUAGAGAAAUAUCAAACUUCUACUGAGUGGGUCUAUUGAUGAAUUCUAUUCAGUCCUUUCUGUCAAGUAUUGAUGGUCUCAAACUUGCAAAGUGACUGAAUGUGACUUUUUUUUCCUUGUCUCUAUUUUCAACUAGUUUUUUUUCUCUAUGCAUGAAGUACAACUGCAGAUUAAGCUCAGAGCAGCUGAUUCAAAUUCGCCGCAGUUCUGAGACAGGGGGGAGGGGUGGAGCCCGCAGCACAACACAGAUAAACAAAAGCCAGUCAGUCGUCCCAGCGACAGCAUGUGGAAGCAACAGCUUGGGAGAAGCACAGUGGUGGAAAAGUACAGAGCAGUUAGAAGCAGUUUGAAAGCAGGUUGACAGCUGCAGAAGCUAAACUGAACUUCCUGAAAAAAAUUAACAUGGUCUUCAAGCCAGUAAUCUGUGACACCUGCAUGAUGUGGGAAGUCCAAGAAAACCCAGCAGAGCUCAACCAAGUGUGUGUAAAGUGCCGCAUGAUCCAGGACUUGCUUAAACUAAUAAGUAUGCUAGAAAUAGAGCUGCAGGAAAUGAGACAGCAACAGGAGCUUGAGGAGCUGACACACCCACAAUUCAUGCAAUUCAUGGAAGUCAGCACCCCUAGCAGACUGAAAGCCACCAGGGAGAUGGAAGAUGGUCAAAACAGUUGGGUUCAGGGUUGACAUCAUGGCAGAAGAUACUACCCCUGUAGAUUACAGUCUUUUCCAGUACAAAGGGUUUAACCUGAUCGGCAAUUUACAUGAAGUACCAUAUUUGGACACUUUAGAGAACUUUGGAAUUCGGGACAGCGACGUGUUUGCAGUGACUUACCCAAAAUCUGGAACCAUAUGGAUGCAGCAUAUUCUUGGAUUAAUGCAUUACAGCAAUGACUUGGAUGGACCAGUGAGCAAAUUAACAGUUCAAGUUGUUCCUUGGUUGGAAGUGCAACUGCCUAUAAGAAAAAACCAGGACCCAGCAACACUAACAUCACCACGCUUGCAUGUCACACACCUGCCUCAACAUCUAAUGCCAAAAGGUUUGAGGAAAAAGAAAGGAAAGGUUAUAUAUGUGGCACGGAACCCCAAGGAUGUAGCUGUGUCAUUUUACCAUUUCCACAACUAUUCCCUAAAUCUGGAAACCCCAACAAGCUUCCACCAUUUUCUGGAAAAGUUUCUUCAUGGCCAAGUGUUCGGGAGUUCUUGGUUUGACCACAUCAAAGAGUGGUAUAAGCAUAAAGAGGAGUUUGACUUUCUAUACAUCACUUAUGAGGAAAUGGUUAAGGACCUGCGAGCUGCUGUAGUCAAGAUCUCCAACUUCCUGGGGAAACAAAUUGAUGACAGAACAAUAGAGACUAUAGUGGAUAAAUGCACAUUCAAGAACAUGAGAUGCAAUCCAAGUGCAAACUACCAGAUGAUCCCUAAAGCAUUCCUUGAUCAUAAGAAAGGAGUAUUUAUGCGAAAGGCAACUCCCCACAGCUGCUCAGGAUAUGUCAAGGUCACUGGUUGUCCUCUGAUCCCACUGCCAAGCCAAUUGGAUCUUUACACCCAGGCUCUAGGUAGCAUGCAAACUACCAGCCCAGGGAGGACUCAAGCUCACUGGGUAAAGUUGGAGAUUGGAAAAAUCACUUCACUGUGGCACAGAAUGAGAGAUUUGAUGAAGUCUACCAGGAGAAAAUGAAAGAAGUUCCUCUAGAUUUUAUUUGGGAUAUCAAUGAUUAAAACUGUUCUUCUUUGUUUAUAAUGCAUAAAGAUAAUAUAUUUAGAAAUACAAACUCUAAAGGUGCUCAGUACAUUGUCUGAAGGUGGAUUUUAAAUGGUACCAACAUUAUUCCAACCUGUUUAAGAAUAUUUUGGAAAAUAAAAUAAAAAAAAAUUUGGGAA